AUGGCAAAAAUAAAAAAGAAUAAUACAGAUGCUUAUAAUUAUUUGAAUGACGUACCUUUGGAAUUAUGGGCUAGACAUAUGUUUGAUCAAGAACUCAAGGUUCCAAAAGUGACUAACAAUUUUGUCGAGUCUCUUAAUGGAAAAAUUAGAGAAUUGAGAAGCCAACCUAUUUUGACAAUGCCUGAGGGAUUUAGAAGACGAUGUAUGAAGAAAUUGGAAAAAAAGAGAAGGUUUGCACUGAAAUGGGAUGACCAACUGUGCCCUAGAGUAAAGAAGAUGGUAGAUUGUGCAUGGGGUGAUGGGUAUUUUUGUAAACCAAUUGCUUCCGGCUAUGGAGUAUUUGAAGUCAAAGAUGGGCAUGUUUACGUCUGUGUGGAUUUGAAUAAGUGGACUUGUAUGUGUCAGGUAUGGCAAAAUGUGGGAACCCCUUGCAAACAUGCUGCAUCUGCUAUCAGGUAUUUAAGGAAGGAGAUUAUUGGUUUUGUGCAUCCUUGUUACUCUAAGGAAGCCUAUUUAAGGACUUACGAAGGUUUCAUACACCCAAUUCCAGACCUAAACAUGUGGCCAAAAGAUGAUCAACCACGAAUUACUCAUCUCGAGUUGACUAGGAGAGCUGGGAGACCUAAAACUACUCAGAGGCACAAAGAAAAAGGUGAGACUCCUAACAUGAAAAGGUCCACCAUUGUUCGAUGUAGCAUUUGCAAGUGUGUUGGACACAAUAAAAGAGAUUGUCAAGGAGGAGAAACUAAAAAACAAAAGUCGAGCAAGCUAAACAACAGUGGGAAUUAG